AUGCUGGAUUUAGAUGCAGGUGAGAAGUCACACCUGAUCUCUGUAAAACAAACUCUGCAGCAGGGUCAGAGGCAAGAGGGGUGUGAACGAGACCGCAUGUUUCUCACCUCCUGGUGUAAAAAACCCGCAAAACAAUACCGCUGCUGCCUGGAGAGUGAGGGAUUUAGAGAGUGUCAGAUUGUUGAAUGGGAGCGAGCAGACCGCUGGCGCUGGUGA